AGAGGAAGAAGAGGGGUCGCCCAUGGGGGCCAUGGGCGAUGGGGGCAGGGAUUAAGGUGGGAGGUCGUUUUCGGGGGUGCCAGGCCCCGGGGGCUUUCACUCCAGCAGGCUCGGCUUGCAUUUCCGCGCCUCCCGCUGAGGCCAGCCGUGCAAAUCUGCACCUCCCUCCCCACCCCCUCCCUCCUUCCCUUCCUCCCUGCCCCGCCAUCUCCGGGAUGCGCCCGCCGCCUGCAACUCAGCCCUUCCAAAAGUCAGCUCUGCACACAACUCCCGGGCGGCGGCGGCGCCUGCGUGCAGAGGCGCACUCGUGACCCAACAACAAAACAGCGAUGCCAGGGCGCUAACGGCGCCCGGUGCCUCCCGGGCGCCCUCCCCGCCCCACACCUCCUCGGGCCGCCGCCCCCUCCCGCCCCCAUCCCGGGCCGAGUGCCCCCUCCCGCUACUAGCCCGGCCGCGGGCUCCGAGCGCGAUCGGCAACAAUGUUUACGUUCCGGGGAUUAUGACGUCGACGCCUCCCCCCCCACAACUGCUGAAAAUGGUUUCCUAGGACUUUGCAAACGGAUCUGCUUAAGUCGCCCGAUUGACCGCCAGAGAUACGACGAGAACGAGGACUUGUCGGACGUGGAGGAGAUCGUCAGCGCCCGCGGCUUCAGCCUGGAGGAAAAGCUGCGCAGCCAGCUGUACCAGGGGGAUUUCGUGCACGCCAUGGAGGGCAAAGAUUUCAACUAUGAAUAUGUGCAGAGAGAAGCUCUCAGAGUUCCCCUGGUAUUUCGAGAAAAGGAUGGCCUGGGAAUUAAGAUGCCUGACCCUGAUUUCACAGUCCGAGAUGUCAAACUCCUAGUGGGUAGCCGGCGGCUGGUGGACGUGAUGGACGUGAACACCCAGAAAGGCACGGAGAUGAGCAUGUCCCAGUUUGUGCGGUACUACGAGACGCCCGAGGCCCAGCGGGACAAGCUGUACAACGUCAUCAGCCUUGAGUUCAGCCACACCAAACUGGAGCACCUGGUCAAGCGGCCCACCGUGGUAGACCUGGUGGACUGGGUGGACAACAUGUGGCCUCAGCACUUGAAGGAGAAGCAGACGGAAGCCACGAAUGCCAUUGCAGAGAUGAAGUACCCGAAAGUGAAGAAGUACUGUCUGAUGAGCGUGAAGGGUUGUUUCACUGACUUCCACAUCGACUUUGGAGGCACUUCCGUUUGGUACCAUGUUUUCCGGGGUGGGAAGAUCUUUUGGCUGAUUCCUCCAACCUUGCACAAUUUGGCACUGUAUGAGGAGUGGGUGCUGUCAGGCAAACAGAGCGACAUCUUCCUGGGAGACCGUGUGGAGCGAUGCCAAAGAAUUGAGCUGAAACAGGGCUACACGUUUUUCAUCCCUUCCGGCUGGAUCCAUGCAGUCUACACUCCUGUAGACUCUCUGGUGUUCGGCGGGAACAUCCUGCACAGUUUCAACGUGCCCAUGCAGCUGCGGAUCUACGAGAUCGAGGACAGAACGCGGGUGCAGCCCAAAUUCCGUUACCCCUUCUACUAUGAGAUGUGCUGGUAUGUCUUGGAGAGAUACGUGUACUGUAUGACCCAGCGGUCCUACCUCACUCAGGAAUACCAGAGAGAAUCAAUGCUUAUUGAUGCCCCAAGAAAGCCCAGCAUAGACGGCUUCUCAUCUGAUUCCUGGCUGGAGAUGGAGGAGGAGUCCUGUGAGCAGCAGCCCCAGGAGGAGAAGGAGGAAGAGGAGGAAGAGGAGGAAGAGGAGGAGGGUGCAGAUAAGACCCCCAAAGCAUCUGCUGAUGGCCCUGCCUCACCCACCAGCACCCCGUCCGAGGACCAGGAGGCCCCCGGGAAGAAGCCCAAAGCCCCUGCCAUGCGGUUCCUCAAAAGGACUCUGUCGAACGAGUCAGAGGACAGCGUGAAGUCUGCCAUGAUGCCCACCGACUACCCCAAGACGCCCACUGGCUCUCCCGCCACUGAGGUCUCUGCCAAAUGGACCCACCUCACCGAGUUUGAACUGAAGGGCCUGAAAGCUCUGGUGGAGAAACUUGAAUCCCUCCCGGAGAACAAGAAGUGUGUCCCCGAGGGCAUCGAGGACCCCCAGGCCCUCCUUGAGGGUGUGAAGAAUGUCCUGAAGGAGCACGCGGAGGACGACCCCAGUCUGGCCAUCACUGGGGUCCCCGUAGUCACUUGGCCAAAGAAGACUCCAAAGAACCGGGCGGUAGGUCGGCCCAAGGGGAAGCUGGGCCCGGCCUCCGCGGUGAAGUUGGCCGCCAACCGGACCACGGCGGGAGCUCGCCGGCGCCGGACGCGAUGCCGCAAGUGCGAGGCCUGCCUGCGGACGGAGUGCGGCGAGUGCCAUUUCUGCAAGGACAUGAAGAAGUUCGGGGGCCCCGGGCGGAUGAAGCAGAGCUGCAUCAUGCGGCAGUGCAUCGCGCCAGUGCUGCCCCAUACCGCCGUGUGCCUGGUGUGUGGCGAGGCGGGAAAAGAGGAUACAGUGGAAGAGGAAGAAGGCAAGUUUAACCUCAUGCUCAUGGAAUGCUCCAUCUGCAAUGAAAUCAUCCACCCUGGAUGCCUUAAGAUUAAGGAGUCAGAGGGCGUGGUCAACGAUGAGCUUCCAAACUGCUGGGAGUGUCCCAAGUGUAACCACGCCGGCAAGACCGGGAAAGCCUACAAGCAAAAGCGUGGCCCUGGCUUUAAGUACGCCUCCAACCUGCCCGGCUCCCUGCUCAAGGAGCAGAAGAUGAACCGGGACAACAAGGAAGGGCAGGAGCCUGCCAAGCGGAGGAGUGAGUGUGAGGAGGCGCCCCGGCGCAGGCCCGACGAGCACCCCAAGAAGGUGCCCCCCGACGGCAUCCUGCGCCGAAAGUCGGACGACGUGCACCUGAGGAGGAAGCGGAAAUACGAGAAGCCCCAGGAGCUGAGUGGACGCAAGCGAGCCUCGACGCUUCAAACAUCCCCCGGUUCCUCCUCUCACCUCUCGCCGAGGCCCCCUCUAGGCAGCAGCCUCAGCCCCUGGUGGAGAUCCAGUCUCACUUACUUCCAGCAGCAGCUAAAACCUGGCAAAGAAGAUAAGCUUUUCAGGAAAAAGCGGCGGUCCUGGAAGAACUCCGAGGACCGGAUAACUCUGGCCAACAAGCCUCUCCGGCGGUUCAAGCAGGAACCAGAGGAGGACCUGCCCGAGGCGCCCCCCAAGACCAGGGAGAGCGACCACUCGCGCUCCAGCUCCCCCACCGCCGGGCCAAGCACUGAGGGCGCAGAGGGGCCCGAGGAGAAGAAGAAGGUGAAGAUGCGGCGGAAGCGGCGGCUCCCCAACAAGGAGCUGAGCAAGGAGCUGAGCAAGGAGCUGAACCAGGAGAUCCAGAAGACGGAGAGCAGCCUGGCCCAGGAGAACCACCAGCCCAUCAAGUCGGAGCCUGAGAGCGAGAACGAGGAGCCCAAGCGGCCCCUGGGCCUCUGUGAGCGCCCCCACCGCUUCAGCAAGGGGCUCAACGGCACCCCCCGGGAGCUGCGGCACCAGCUGGGGCCCGGCCUGCGCAGCCCGCCCCGAGUCAUCUCCCGGCCCCCUCCCUCCGUGUCCCCGCCCAAGUGCAUCCAGAUGGAGCGACAUGUGAUCCGGCCGCCCCCCAUCAGCCCCCCGCCCGACUCGCUGCCCCUGGAUGACGGGGCGGCCCACGUCAUGCACAGGGAGGUGUGGAUGGCCGUCUUCAGCUACCUCAGCCACCAAGACCUGUGUGUCUGCAUGCGGGUCUGCAAGACCUGGAACCGCUGGUGCUGCGAUAAGCGGUUAUGGACCCGCAUCGACUUGAACCACUGCAAGUCCAUCACGCCCCUGAUGCUAAGCGGCAUCAUCCGGCGACAGCCUGUCUCCCUGGACCUCAGCUGGACCAAUAUCUCCAAGAAACAGCUGAGCUGGCUCAUCAACCGGUUGCCUGGGCUCCGAGACUUGGUGCUGUCUGGCUGCUCAUGGAUCGCAGUCUCCGCCCUCUGUAGCUCCAGCUGUCCGCUGCUCCGGACCCUGGAUGUCCAGUGGGUAGAAGGACUGAAGGACGCCCAGAUGCGGGACCUCCUAUCCCCGCCUACAGAUAACAGGCCAGGUCAGAUGGACAAUCGGAGUAAGCUCCGGAACAUCGUGGAGCUGCGUCUGGCCGGCCUGGACAUCACGGACGCCUCCCUGAGGCUUAUCAUCCGCCACAUGCCCCUGCUCUCCAAGCUCCACCUCAGUUACUGUAACCAUGUCACUGACCAGUCCAUCAACCUGCUCACUGCUGUGGGCACCACCACCCGGGACUCCUUAACCGAAAUCAACCUGUCAGACUGCAAUAAGGUGACUGACCAGUGCCUGUCCUUCUUCAAACGCUGUGGGAAUAUCUGUCACAUUGACCUGAGGUACUGCAAGCAAGUUACCAAGGAAGGCUGCGAGCAGUUCAUAGCUGAAAUGUCUGUUAGUGUCCAGUUCGGACAAGUGGAAGAAAAACUCCUGCAAAAACUGAGUUAGUCCAAGGACAAUCUUGCCGAGGGAGAAGCCAGUCUGCCACCGUUUGGGGGAUGAGCGAGCCUGGUGCUUUCCUCUGGUCUUUCUGAAUCAAAACCGCACUGCUUUCUGGACCAUUGCUCAGGCGGCCUUUACCGAGAAGACAUUCCCGUUGGAGAGGAGGAUGGACUUGGGCGACAUUCUCUUACUGAAGCAUGAGCUUAGGAAAUUUUGGGGGGGGUGGUGGUGUUUUUGUUUUGGACACCUUACUCCUGGCAACUUUGGGGGUUUUGGUGUCAACAUAAAGUGGACCACACACCACAUCUGCCGUCUCAACAUGUUUGUUUGGUUUUGUUACAUCUUACAUUAUGCAGAACUAUUUUUGUACAAAUUGUUUAAAAGUUAUUUAUGCAAGGUUUGAAUGCAUACCAGUGUUUUUAUUGUUUUGAGAUUGCCAACUUUCCUGGUUUCCUUAAGGUAGGAGAGAACUUUCCCAGUACUUCAUACAAACCCAUCUAUACAUGUGCCCAGAUCCGGCAAAGCAGGCUAAGACCUCCAGUUAAAAGCAUGUCUAACUGGAAGUUGAGAGUCUGCUUUGUAUGUCAAGAAAUUGCAUAAGCAUGAUGUGGAUAUAUGUAAAUUAUAGUCAAAGUGAGAGAGACACUUUGCUAAAUUUCCUCUGUAUAGAAUUCACCUUUUUUUUUUUUUCCCUCAAGAUUUUGAAAUUCAGACUUCAGCCUUUGCACUCAGGAGGGGUUUGCUCCAGCAUGAACUCUUAUAUUCUACAUAGAUCUAAUUUAUACAGUGAGUCGAGAAAUAGAAUAAAUGACCCAACACAGCCUUUUCUUUUCUUUUUUUUCUCUCCUUUGAAGUGAGCUGAGUUCUCAUUUGAGGUUUAGAACAUGGCUGUUGCCCAGUUGUAAAGUUACGCAUUCAUAAGUGCCAUUGUUGUAAGAUGUUGUUUUCUUAGACCUUCCCUGAUGCGGUUUUACCUUUGUUGAAUUUGUAUAAACAAUUGUACAAAAAAAACCA